UUGUCACUCACGUGAGCUCGCCUCUAUUUAUAACGCUGUGGUGCCGGCCACCUCACUCCGCACCGCACCUCUUCCCUUCCCUUCUCCCAAACAGGACAGACAAACCUCGCCUCCCUCUCUAGGUCGCUUAACAAUGGGUGCUGGAGGGCGUAUGUCCGUACCCCCUGCAGAGAAGGCGGCAAAAUCUGACAUUGUCCAACGAGUUCCGCACACAAAGCCUCCAUUUACGCUCGGUGAUAUCAAGAAAGCCAUUCCACCCCAUUGUUUCAAGCGAUCCAUUCCUCGUUCAUUUUCCUAUGUCGUAUAUGACCUUGUCUUUGCCUCUCUGUUUUACUAUGUCGCCACAAACUACAUCCAUCAGCUCCCCCACCCACUCUCCUACCCUGCCUGGAUUCUAUAUGGGAUAUGUCAAGGUUGCAUCCUAACUGGUGUUUGGGUCAUCGCUCAUGAAUGUGGCCACCAUGCCUUUAGUGACUACCAAUGGCUUGACGACACUGUCGGCCUAAUCCUGCACUCAUUCCUCCUAGUGCCGUUCUUCUCUUGGAAGUACAGCCACCGUCGCCACCACUCAAACACUGGCUCACUCGAGCGGGAUGAGGUGUUUGUCCCCAAGGUCAAGACAGGGGUCAGCUGGGCUGCCAAGUACAUGAACAACCCACCUGGCAGACUCAUCACCCUUGUUGUCCAGCUCACUCUAGGCUGGCCUCUGUAUCUUAUGUUCAACGUUUCUGGAAGGCCUUAUGACCGGUUUGCAUGCCACUUCGACCCAAACAGCCCUAUCUACUCUGAUCGUGAACGUGCUCAGAUAUUCAUCUCUGAUGCAGGCAUUCUUGCCGUCACCUAUGGACUAUACCGUCUGUCUGUAGCCAAAGGACUUGCCUGGGUUCUCUGUGUCUAUGGUGGUCCAUUACUCGUGGUUAAUGGAUUCCUUGUCUUGAUCACUUUCUUGCAGCACACACACCCUUCCCUCCCUCACUACGACUCAUCAGAGUGGGACUGGCUACGCGGGGCCCUAUCCACAGUCGACAGAGAUUAUGGUAUUCUCAACACUGUCUUCCAUAACAUAACGGAUACCCAUGUUGCACAUCAUCUGUUCUCGACCAUGCCGCACUACCAUGCAAUGGAGGCGACAAAGGUUAUCAAACCAAUCCUGGGAAAGUACUACCAGUUCGAUGGGACGCCAGUUUUUAAGGCCAUGUUCAGAGAGGUGAAGGAAUGCAUCUAUGUCGAGCCCGAUGAAGGCGAGGAGAACAAAGGUGUGUUCUGGUACAAUAACAAGCUUUAGAGUUGUGGAAGCAAUGUAGGAAAUGCAGUUUCUGGGCUCUGUUUGUUGUAGGAGAUUCUGCUUUGUCUAUGGUUUAAACUUUAAAGUCUAGGUUUGUGUUGGUUGCUUGUGCGUUCCAAAAAGGUCUUUGUUUUCAUGUCAGUUGAGUUAGACUUAUUAGAACUGUUGUGUUCUAUUUAAGUCUUGGUUUAUGUUGGAUGGAAAUAAGACUGUAAUAACUAUUUAUGUAUUGUUGUCUUAAGCCGGAA